CCGCCCAGCGACACCGGGGGCAACUUCUCCAGGGAACUCAUUUCUCUCUACCGACCCGGUGCCGAGUGUCAGAGGGGGGCUGUGAUUUUGCCCUACACCCGCCAUGAAGCCCCUGGGAGUGGCCCUGUUAGUAGCCUUGAUAUCAGCCCCACUGGUCACGGCCCAGAGCUGCAAAGUUGGCUUGCCCGGGAUUCCUGGAGCCCCAGGGCCUGAUGGGAAAGAUGGAGCAGAUGGAGCCAAAGGAGAAGUGGGAGAGCCGGGGCAAAUCGAGGGCUGGAAUAAAGAAGAGCAGAAAGGAGACACUGGCCCCCCAGGUCAUCCAGGUAAAGUUGGACCCAAGGGGCCAGUGGGGCCCCCAGGCCUCCCAGGUUUCCCAGGCCAAAAGGGCUUAAAAGGGGAGUCGGGAGACUACAAGAUCAGCCUGAAAUCUUCCUUCUCGGCCCAGAAGGCCUCAGGGGCCGCGGUCCGGCGAGACGUUCCUGUUCGCUUUGAUAAGGCCAUUACCAACGACAAUGGCCACUAUGAGCCCAGGACUGGCAAGUUCACCUGUAAGGUGCCCGGCGUCUAUUAUUUCAGCUACCAUGCCACCUCCCGGGGGCAACUCUGUGUCAACAUCAUGAUGGGCAAAGAGCAGAAGAGGAAGAUGGCCACCUUCUGUGACCAGGCCCAGAACAUCUUCCAGGUGACCACGGGCGGGUUGGUCCUCCAGGUCCAGAAAGACGAGUCCGUUUGGCUGGAGACGACGGAAAAGAAUAGCCUUCUGGGCACCGACGGGGCCGACAGCAUCUUCACCGGCUUCCUGCUCUUCCCUGACCCCUCAUAGGCCUCUUCUGCUGCCCCAUGGGAGGGCCCUAGGGCCCCAUAUACCCCAUUAAUCAAUACUGCUCUAAUCCAUAAGUGUAUUGGCAUUAGCCCCCCAGCAACUGCAGCCAACUGCCCCCCUUUCAGCAUGACCCCCCCAAGUCACUGCCAAGACCUCAUCCCCUUCCAUCCUUGCUCCAUGGUUGGGGCAAACUGGGGGGGGUUAGAUUGAAAGGCAAUCAGGAUAAUAUUGGGGUACAGGCAGAUUUAGCAGGCUGAUACUGCUUUAUGAUAAUGGGGGGGGACCUGGUCACAUGUUUGGGCCCAGAAAGUCUUGAAUGUAUAGAAUGGGCUAGAGGAACCGGGCAUUGGCCAAGUGGUCAAAGCCCCAACAUUGGGCUUGAGAUGAAUUCAAUAGGAAAGUCAUUUCUCAGUAGGAGUUUCCAGAUACUUCAGUGAUGUGCAACUAAAAAUCCUUCCCCCGGACCGGAAUCGGCGGCCCAAUGGUACCAGAACUGAUUAGAAUGAUUAUUUCGCUCCAAACUCACAAUAUAGAGGAAAAUGCUACGGUGCAGUUCCCUCUGUGGCCAGCAGGGGCAGUGUCUGUUAACAUAUCAGUUCCAUAUUCUGUAUUAGGAAAUAACAGUAUUUGCAGUAUAAUGCAGGUUGCAGCUGUACUAACGCCAUUGCUGCUGCGCCACGGAGUAUGUUGGCGAUAUAGCAAUAAAGAUUGAAAGAAAGAGA